GAUAAUCAAUGUAAAACGUUGAAUAAUAAUUUUACAUCAUCAUCGUCAUCAUCAAGAUUAUUAUUACCAACCACAUGGGAACGAACGAUACGUUUGACCAAUAAUAAAAAUAGGACCAACACCAAUACAACCACCACCACCACCUAUUAUCUAGGAAUGGUUUUAGCAUUGGCCGAUAAUGCAUCAAAUGGUUAUAUUGUAAAAAGUCUUGAUCCAAAUGGUGUCAUUGACCAAGAUGGACGUAUUAAUAUUGGUGAUUAUAUUGUUACAUUGAAUGGUAAAUCAUUACGUGGAUUAUCGAAAACCGAUGUAUUGGCCAUAUUAGAUGAUUGUGAACAACGACAACAACAACAACAACAACAACGAAUACGACGAUGUAAAAUCGAUACAAAAAAUGAUGAUGAUAUUGACGAUGAUGAUAUUAUAAUCAAAUACAUACCACAAUCAGAGAUUGCCAAAUGUCUGGCAACGACGAUGAAACCUGAAAUAAUAGCAACAACAAAAACAACGACAAAAACAACAGCUGCAUGAUGAUGAU